AUGUUGAAAAAUUUCAGAAUUCUUGACAAACAAGAAGUCAUCUCAUCUCAUCGCAUCGCACUUGUUUUUGGGAUCACAUCUAUGUCUACAUUCAAAAGAACAAAGUUGAAUAUGGUUAAACAGAUCUGCACACAUUCUGGCUCAUUCCACGCUGAUGAAGCGUUAGCAGUGUACAUGCUGAGAAUUUUACCACAGUUCAAAGACGCUAACGUUGUUAGAUCAAGAGAACCUUCGGUUUGGGAACAAAGCGAUAUUGUAGUGGAUGUGAGCGGCAAAUAUGAUGAGGCCAAGGGCCUAUUAGACCAUCACCAGCGUGAGUUUGCAGAGACCUUCAGUGAGAACUACAAGACUAAGCUAUCCAGCGCGGGACUUGUGUACAAGCACUUUGGUCUAGAUAUCAUCAAGACUCUGCAACCGCAGUUGACCGAGUCCCAGGCUGAGUUUCUAUAUCAGAAAGUCUACAGAGACUUUAUAGAGUCUUUGGACGCUAAUGACAACGGUAUCAGCAAUUUCGACAGUGAGGAGCUGGGAGUGAAACCCAAGUUCCACGACAAAAACAUCACGAUUCCAGGCAUUGUUUCCGGCAUGAAUCCACGCUGGAAUGAGGACAGCAGCGAUGCUACUUUUGAUGAGUUUUUUUUUAAGGCAUCGGACUUUAUUGGCGGCGUCUUUACUAACCUUGUCAAGGGCUACGGCGAGUCCUGGAUCCCAGCCAAGACUUUGGUGGAAGAAGCCAUCGAUGCCAGAUUCGACGUUGAUGCCUCGGGAAAGAUCAUCGUGUUAAGCCAAUUUUGCCCAUGGAAGGAGCAUCUGUAUACUAUUGAAAAGGAGCGUGGGAUUGAAAACCAAAUACUUUUUGUCCUUUUUGCGGAUUCUUCUGGAAAAUGGAGAGUGUCCACUGUUUCGCUAUCUGCUACAUCUUUCAAAUUCAGAAAGGGUCUGCCUGAGCCUUUGAGAGGACUGAGAGACGAGGAAUUAAGUGAAAAGAGUGGUUUGCCAGGCUGCAUUUUCAUCCAUGCUGCAGGUUUCAUUGGCGGAGCUUCGUCGAAGGAAACUGUUUUGAAGCUUGCACAGAUGAGUCUUUGA